AUGAAGGAUAGUAAAUGGAUAGAAUAACAUGAAUAAUGGAGAUAGUAAUAUUUGAAAUAUUGUUGAGUAGCAAUUUCAGAGAAAUUACAUAUAAUGGUGAAUAUAAAAAUGGUAAAAAAAUUGGUUAUUGGAAAACCAUUCAAAAAGAAGAAGAAACUAUGUAAAUUAAUAUGAACUACGUUUAUAUUAGAGGUGGAGGGUUAUAUGAUUUAAAUGGAAUUUAAGAUGGGAAAUGGGUAGAGUUGAAUGAUUCCUAUGAUCAAGAGUUUAAUAAUUGUUAUUAAUUUUAGGGAUUCCGCGAUCACAUAUAAUGGUGAAUAUCAGAAUGGAAGAAAAUGUGGCAAAUGGGAAACUGUUUAUGAUUAAAACGGAGUAAUGUAAAUUAUUUGUGAGGAUCUUAUCAAAUUUUAGUGGUGGAGGAAUCUAUGAUGAAAUUGGAUUGAAAAAUGGAGAAUGGGUAGAGUUAUAUUGUGAAUGGAAGAUGUAAAUUAUAAUAUAAUUGUAGUGAUUAUAAGGAAAUAACUAUAAAAGGAGAAUAUAAUAGAGGUAAAAAAUGUGGAAAAUGGGAAACAUCCGGGGUGAUUUAUGGGGCAAAUUAAAAGAAGUAAAUUUAUUGAUAAAUUAUUAAGGGAAAAUAUAGAAUAUGAUGAUCAAGGCUUGGGAAUUUGA